AAAAAACUUCUACUACUUCGUCCUAUGUAUAAAAAGAACUAUCAACGACCUCUACUUCGCCGAGGAGGCCCGCCACAAGAAGUAGUGAGUUACACAGAUGACGAGUGUCCUCCAAAGAAUGGCUGACGGCGGCAUCUGAUCUUCCUCACAGGUGACGCCUCAGACGGGAAGGUAAGACGAUGUUAGCACCAGGAAUAGCCACCUCCAACGCGAGCAGCGAUGCUCAUUAUGAGGCGUUGAGGCGAGCAUACGAUGAACGGGUGAAAAGCUUGUCGAGAAAACUGCGCUCGACUUCGGGAGGCGAAGGAUCAAGUAAAUUUAUGGCGAGGCGAAUCUAUAUAACCAUUUCCAUUAUGUUUUUGAGCUCAUGAUGACCUUGAGGACCCCACGAGUACUAGUUCGUUGUACUAGAUGAUGAUCUUGUAGAUAUAUUCAGUACCAGAGGACUAGAUGAUCAUCGAGUUGUUGUAAAAAGAUGAGAAUCCCGCAAGAACACGAUCUUGAUCCCCGCCUGCGCCUCCUGCUCCCCUACCUUCAUUCCCCUGACCACCGUUCCACCGAACUACUCGCUGGAGCAUCUUCACCCUCCUGACGAUUUCCCCGAAAACGAUGUGGCAAUGUGGCCAGGGUCAACCACAAGCACCCACGCACCUUCGAAUUCAGCCAGUGCCAUGGACCAAUUGGCUUUGGCAAGAGGCGGUGGAGGAGUAGAUGGGGAUGGAAUUUAUGGCGAUGCUCAGUUAUAGUGUUACUUUUUGUUGACUACUAACUCGUUUUUGAAGACUAUACUAGGUAUAAAUAAGUAUUGCUUUGUCAACAUCGUCGCAAUCGCCGUUUCGUCUUCUUCUAAGAAUAGCCUUCCUUCGAGCGCCUCCGCGAAGAGCAGAUCGACACACUUGUCGAGAAAAUGGGCGUUAUGUCUGACCAACGAGCAGCACUUCAAAAACACAACGCGGAACUCAAAAGCCAACUCGAGAAAACCAGCACAAUUGUGGUGGAACAGCGCAGAGAAAGGGAACGACUCGAGAAGCAGAUCGCGGACGUAGAGAAGCUCGCUAAAGAUGAGAGGGAGUUUUUGGAGAGGCAAAGGCUGGAAGAUACGAAGCGGAUGCAAGACGAACUCAGCAGAGCUCAUGAAAAAUGUGAGUUGGUCGAAAGCGAGAAUGGGAAAUUGAAACAGGAGAUAACGACAUUUGAAAGACGCUUGGAGAAAUUGCAGGAUGAAAGGAAGAACAUUCAGCAAGAAGUGAUAACGUGUACUUUUCUUAUUUUUGACGACCUCCAACGAAGAACCGCUAGAUGAAGAAAUUGAAAUUCUAAAAAUUUUUGACCUUUAUUCUAUCCUCUAGACCUCCACUCUACAACCUCCACACAACAUGACCACAACUUCAGUUUCCAAGCAUUCCGACUCGAUUUCGACGCAGCUAAAGCAAAGCCAAGACCUCCUCAAGCAGUCGGAGCUAGAACGACAAACUCUGCGGGACCAGUAUGUGAACGUUGGGGAGAAAUUCGAGAGACUCAUGGACCUCGAGGAAAAGGAGAAUGUGGAGAGUUUGCGCGAGAUAUCCAUGAAGCUUAAGUUAAGGCUCCUUCCCCUAAUUAUUCAUCUCCUCUAUUACAGGGAAGAUCCUUCAAACAUAUGCGCCCCAAUACAAGGGAGAUACUGACGCCCAAUACAAUUGAGGGAUUUCCACAGGGAUGAAGGGGGGCGGAGGGCUCUAAUUAAGGCGACGAAAAAUGAGAAGGAGAAGUUAAGGAAACGAACGGAAAAAAUCAUCGCAGAUUUGGAAGAAGCGUAUAAAGGAAAGGAUGUUGGUACUACCACUAGUAUGCUAUAAUGUAGUCUUGGACGAUGACGUCACUAUACCAUGUAUAUACCUUUACCUUUUUCUAUCUUUCCUAGGUAGGUUGGCUCCCUCCACCACAAACUCUACCAUGAUGUAGUCUUCGAUGACGAGUUGUUUCUCUUUUUCGAUUUCAACAAGAACUUCUUUGUUUCUACUUCUAGUCUAUGUCUAAGUCUAUGCUCCUGCUGCAUAGUUUGUUCGUUCUUCGCCCUAUCACAAUCACGGACGACUGUUCGUUCUUCUCCGUAUCACGACAAUUACGGACGACAAAUCUUCAUCUUCAGAGUGCGAGCGUCUCCAGGGCCUCCUGGACGAAGAACGAGCAAAACAUCAAGAGAGCGAACAGCAGAUGCUUGAAGCGCAGAGGAAAACGCUUCAUGAACAUAAUCUUGGUCUCGCGAAGUUGUCUGAGAUGAUGCCCAUCACGAGCCAUCAACAAAUCCUAGAGGAGACCAGAAGGCACCACCAAGGUGGCAUGCUAGAACUCGAACAGAGCCUCCGACAGCAGUACCAGAAGCAGUUGCAGCAACUACAGGCGUCGGACGAGAAGAAGCAAAAGGAGUUCCAGGACACUUUGUUGCACGUGAGGACCGGGUUGAAGAAACUAGAAGCGCAACGUGAUGACGCUGUGAAGAAGGGCAAACUAGUCGAGGAUGAAGCACUAGCUUUGCGUGCGGCUGUGAGGAAGGUGACGUCGGAAAAGAAGGAUUUGGAGGAAAGCAAGAGGAUAUUCUCCGCUUCAUUGGAAGAGGCGAACAGCAAUUUGACGCGACUGAGGGGGAUAUUGGUUAUGGCUGAUUCUGAUUGAGAAGAUCUUCAACAACUUCUCUUCCUCUUCUGGUAGCUCUUCAACGAAAAUUAUGCAUGACAUUGUUGAUAUCUGAUGUGUUGUAAGUAACACUUCUUGCUCCUCGUCGAAGACUUCUGUUUUUUUAUUAGAGUGAUUUUCAUUUUUGGAAGAAGAAGUACCACCUGUUUCUAAAUGGAAAGACGAGAAGCAAGGGCACCUGGCGCUCCAGCGCGAGACGCACGAACUGAAGAGGCGGAUCGCGAUCAAAGACGAGUUCUUGCAGAAGGAGCGUGGUGUCUUGAUGGACGACAUAGAGAGGACAGUUGGCAGCAAACUCAAGUGGGCUGAAGAAGAGACAGAACGCCUACUCUCCAAAACAUCUGCGGCUGACGCAGAGACGGAUCGACUACGACAGUCACUGGCGCAGAAGGACGCGAAAAUCAUCAAAAUGCUGGAUGAAAGAAGUGAAUUGGAGAAGGCCAGGGCUAGAGAUCAAGCGGUGGGCAAAAGAGCAGUGGACUUGUUGCUUCAAGCACAGCAAACGACGAAGUUGUUCGCGGAAAGUACGAGACGGGAGCUAGCCUUUUUGAAGAAGAUAUGGCUCACGUUGAGUCCAUUUCUGUGAUAAUACAAAAAGUAGACUUCUUCUUCGCUUCCACAAUGAUUUUUGAAAAAGAUAUGGGUGGGAUCAUCUCUGUGCUAAAGAUGUUGUUAAAAAGUAAAUAGACUUCUUGUCUUCUCAUCUAGUGAUCGUAUUCAUCAAUCACCACGCGAUACUUCGUGCAAGAACAUAAACCUUCAUAUUUUUUUCGACGAACUUUUGAUUCUCUUCUUUCGUAAAAAAUCUACUGAACUCCCAGCAUCCACCACCACAUCUUGUCUUCAUUCCCCACCGUCGCCGACGAAGUUCAAGCCCUCUUCCGGGACGCUCUAGAAACUAGACUCCAAGGCCUCCAACAGGCCAUAGCUCAGCAUUCACGGCAGCAGGAACGCGGAAAGCAGAUGCUGAGACAAGAGUUGGAGACGCACACUCACACGGUUUUGGAGCAUAAGCAACAGUAUCAGGACAUCUUGACGCAACAGAAAGCAGUGAAUAAACAAUUCGACGUUGUAACGAACGAAAGGAACGUGUUGAAACAGAAUUUGGAGAAAGCGAAGGAGAACGCAAGGCAGCAAGAACUGAAUAUCGAGAGGAUAUUGAGGUACUUGUGAAAUUUUUGAUUAUGCUGUUAGGUGGUAUCUUCGUAUCUAUGUUUAUGUAUACGUUCUUUGUGUAUAAUUUUCUUCCUUCACUUUCCUGCUCCCUCUGCAGCUGCACGACCUCCUUCACCUUCUAGUUCAACAAAGACGAGAAAUCUCAAUCAACAUCCACCAACUACUCACAACUACAACUUCACUUCAGCGCCAUCGUUGCGGGCUUUCCUGCGCUAGAGGAAAACAAGGACGCCAUACUGCGUUUCACACACCAGCAGAGUGCUGGUGGUUCAUCGCCAUCAAGGGCAGGCUCAACAGCGUCUCCGACUACCAAGACGAUGUCGGAGCUCAUCAAGGAUUUUCGUGCAAAGAUCCAAACUGCUGUUGAUGGUCUUAAAAAGAUGUCGCACGACGAAGCUGGGAAGUCGCUCAGUUACAAACUGAAGAACAUGGAAGAUCAGCUUUUACGGAGAGGAUUCUCGUUCUUGGUGUUGAUAGAAUUUCUGUAAAAUUCUGUAUGUAAUGUUGCAUUGUGGUCUUCUAAAUAUGGGUCCACCUCCUUAGUCUUCUUAGUCCUUGGUGCUGAGAAUGCAUUUCUGUACUUUUACGUCAGAGCACGCAGCAACUACAUUCCUCGUUGAAAAUUUUUGAUCGUCACCUCUUUCAUCUUCUGCACGCGAGCUUUCUAUCGCGAAGGAAGUGGAAAUCAAGAGCAAAACCGAUCACGAGAGGCAGUUAGCAGAGUAUGCAGUUCAGCUGGCGGAGCUUCGCGGAACUGUUUCGACCUUAGAGGAAAGGUAUAGACAAGCCAUGGCGAAGGCUGCAGGCCUCGAAGAAGAAGCAAGAGCGAAAGCGGAUGAUAUGAGGUACUCACGAUGGCGCCCACAGUGUCCUACUUCUUAGCGUAAUUUCUGCUCGCAACCGGCACGCCACUCUAGGCCGGUGGCCGUGCCAGCGGAAACGCGUCAAGCCCUGCGGCGCUGUUGCCUGGGUGUGCUUGCAUAGAAGUCUAAUAUUCGACGCGAAGGUGAAAGCAAGGCAGGGGCAAGGCCCGUGAGGGUGAGGACUCCACGACAAGACCCUGCGAGACGCGCGGGCAGCCCUCGCGCGGGUUGGCAGAUUCUUGGGCUCGGCGUCUGGCUGCCGUGCGGCGCCCAACUCGCGGCCACAUUUUGGCGACCCCGCCGGCGGCUUCGGUAGUUGUUGCGCAGCAUAAGAGUGAGGAGCGCGCUGGGCGCGGCCAGGCAGUGGGGCGGCGCUGUCUGAAGGAUGCAAGUCGAGUCCGCGGCGGUUCGCAAACGCCGGCCCCGCGUAAGAACCACACCCACAGCAGGGCCCGCUUGGCUUGGCAGGUGACGUAGCAGGUCGCCGCGCUGUUCUACAGGUCCGCCCCAGCUGGAUGCCUGGGCCUCGUUGCUCGAGUGUCUUACUUUCCAGGGCUGUUCUUCAUUCAAUCUGGAAAAUGGGGAAGGGUUCGCAGGACUUGGGGCCGCCGUGCAUGGCUUGCAGGGAUGCACUCGGGGUGGAAGUCGUGGGUUUGGUAAUAGGCAACUAAGCCGAGCGGUGCAGGGCGGCGGGUGGUAUGCAAGCAGCGCCCCCGACGCCCUUCCAUAUAUUGGCGAGAUGUAAGCCAGCGGGUAAACCCUUGCGGGCGGCGGGGCUUGCUUCAUUUAUGUAAGAGGCCGCGCAGUCAGCGAGCUACGAGCGCAGGCUUCUCGUGUUUUGCAAAGCCGCAACAGCAUGCGCAGCGGCUUUGCGCAAAUUCAGCGGGUUGCACUUUUGCGGUGAUGCAGAUGGGAAACGCAGAGGACAGCCGGACCGGUGGCGCCGUGUCUGGCGUGUGGCGUGACUUUUUCACAAAAAGCGCCGACUUCCUGAGCAGGUCGCCGCAGCUAGCAAGGCUGGCGCAAGAGCUACCUCUACCACAGGUGCCUCAGGUGCUGGAGGCUUUUUAGCCACAGAUCUGCUCGCCAGAGCUGCGCCGCCUCUCUAUGUAUGGCGACCACCAUAAAAGUCGCAGGGUGUUGCGGUCUUGUGUCUGGUUGGAAGACUGGCAACAAGUGGCGCGCGAUUUGCUCGCGGCUGACAGCAUUGAACUUGAAACCAUGCCAAGCAUUGAACUUGAAACCAUACCAAGCAAAACGCUCCAGGCCAGAACUCUCUGCCUCUGCUCCUCCUUGUUCGUCUGAUUUCUGGCUUGUGCCUCAUGGGUGGCUGAGCUACUCCGACUACUAACACUGACUAACACUAUUACGAGCAGCAUCGCCGACGCCGCACGUAACCACUUUACGGCUGGCAAUGUUUUCGAAGGAUACAGAUUGGCGCAAGCUUUUUGAUAAUUCGAAGAACGCAGCGAGAAGCCUCGCGGCUGUAGCUGGAUUCGAUGGCUAAGGCUGUUCUGCCAAAGCUUACUCGGCAGGGCUGUUUCUGGGGGUCCGCCUCCGCGUCUCAGCUACCGCGCGCUGCUGUUUUCUUGAGUGGCUAGCUACGCUGGUGGCAAGUUUUACGAUUGGCGUCUUUUGGUUUUCUUUCUUCUCGGGAUGCUUGCUGUGCUGGUGAUGAACUUUCUUGAUGGAAGAAGUCAGGGGGUGGAACCGUUCCACCGUUGGCGUUGGAUUGUUUUCGUUGCUGCUGCUUGGCGGAGAGUCAGCGCCGCGAAUGAAUGAGGGGCAGCCAUACAGUGAAGGCUGGAGGCAGAAGAGCAACGACGAAAGAGAAGAAAACAAAGGCCACUCGCUCGCUUUGGUCUCUCUUCGGUGCUAGAGUGUGUCGGUAGUCUCCACCUCGGUAGGGCCUGCCGAGUCCAUCUUGGCGCCUGGUCAGUCACUGCUGGCGCGGCACAGUCGACGGAUCUACGCCAGCGCGACGCCGCUGCGCCACCCUUGGCAAGCAAGAACUUGCAGAGCAGGCUUCGCUGCGAUUGGCUGCCAGUCUGAGCGCGCUCCUGGUCGUAUUCGAUCGCGCAGCGCGCAGACUCGGCGAAGCGAGGGAGCGAGCUGGCUUAGGUAGGUGCGCCUUGGUCUAAAGUGAGUCUUGUAUCUCUGUACACUCGCGCUUGCGGUGAGCUAGGACAUGGAUGCUGCGACGGGCUUUGGCUCGGUGGGCUGAACGGUCAACCGAGCUGAGUAGGCAGCUUGGGCGCGACGCCGUUUGCUGCGCGACGAUCUGCGGGCCCCAGGCUGAAGGCGUGGGGACUGGUGGCCAGUGCAAUCCAGACCGAGAAUGCCCAACCGAACGCCGGCGAGCCCAAUGCUGGUGGCCGCAAGUUGGAGCCUUUGAAGCAGGUCUCCCCCCAACUUGGGUGAUGGGGUUGAAGACGUCGCGUCCCAUGCCUCCGCCGUCCUAAGCUGGGUUCUUCUUCACUGCAUCCAAACGGUUGAGAACGAAGCUGCCUGGUUUGCGCAGUAUUAUCAUCGCUAUCGUGUUGUGCCUGGGCGACCGCCUGCAACCUCUGCGGCUUGCGUUGGCAACGUCUGGGUGGCCCUCUUGCUUUGCGUAUUGUCUAGGGGUUGCACCUAUUAAAGGCGCAUCGCUGUGGUUUUUCUUUCGAUUGAACUGCUUGAACUACGACGCAGGCGCCUUAGUUGUGUGAGGCGUACGCUUGACGCUCGGAAAGCGCGCUGGAAAAAACCCACGGGGCAAAAAUUAAAACGCAGCGGCGCGCCCAUUAUGGUGGCUGGAUGCACCGGGAUAGAGCUGAGGAACUCCGCACCUAGGGACUUGCCUGCGGAGCAGGUUCUCUUGUGUCGUAUGGCCGCUCGCAUUCGGGGGGCAUUUGGGCGGGGUCUUAGUUUUUCUGUUUGCUGUAUUUUCUCGGGCUUAAAGCUCUUUAGUUUAGGUAGGCUUCCACGCUUUGUUUAGGUAGGCUGCCACCACUCCUCGCCUCUGAGUGAUGACCCGGCACGCAGACAGCGACAAACAUGAAGCUGCCCGCGUUUGUCGGGCCCCCGACCCCGGGGUGCGUGGGAGGGUGCUAGUGUUGCUGGCUCUGUGUCUCUCCACUACAUGCCAUUGAAUUUCAAACGAGAUAGAAAAGGAAAUAGAAAUAUUUAUAUUAGAAUAAUUUAUAGACCGGAUGUAGAAGGAUGGACUUGGAUGGAUCGGAUGGGCCCCCUUAGAUCUUCCGAUCCUACUGGAAAUGGUGGGAAGUCCAUCCGAUCCAUCCGAUUCAUCCCAUCCCGGAGCUGGCAGCCCUAUCCAUCAUUCUAAUAUAUUAUAAAAUGAAAACGAGACUGAUGCAGCGACCCACUCUGCCUUUCUUUACUCCAACCCUACCAGGCAGCAGCAGCUCCGUCUGCAAUCUCUGGAGCAGCAGGCCGAAGAUUGGGAAGCCCGUGAAGCGGAAUUGCGGCAGGAGGGUGAAGUCCUAGUGGAAUUGGCGAAAACCGAAGCCGUGAAACCAGUAAAAGAACAGAUGAAAGAAGUAUUCAAAGAAGCGGAGAAACUCCAACAGCGAUUUGCGCAUGAUCUCGCAGAAAGAGAUCGACAGUGGGAAGGCAUGUUUGAAGAUAUCCGAAAGGACAGCAAUCAAAUCUUGACGCAGCGGGAGAAGGAAUGGGAGUCUAGAUCGCAGAAAUUAGAGCAGGAGCUCGAAUUGGCGAGAGAAAGGGAACAGGAACUUUAUGCAAGAUUUUUACAGAUUCAUCUUUUGUUCGAGGAGGUGCCUGCGGGAUGUUUGAUCUUCAUUCUUUCUACUUAACAAGUGGUUAGGUACACACAGAUUAAAGAAGACGAAGUUUUGUUCUCCGAUUAUUCUUGUUCUUUAUGACUCAUAAUGACCAUGAUCUCUAUCUUCUCAUCUAACUCGCAACCGCCGAGGUCGCCAAUGCCCGCCACGAAGCACAAGUCAAACAGCAGAACUGCUUGAGUGAAUUGGAUCAGGCCACGGUGAGCAGAAAACGCAUGGAGCACGAGUUGGAGCAGCAGAAGCGAGAAUUGAAGUUACGGAUAAAGACAAAAUUUGACGGACUACUUCUUAUCACACACCAGCAACUACCGAAAAUUAAUUUUAACACGAUUAGUUGUUUCUUCCAGCACAUCCACGUCCACCCCAGUUACAACUCUAACCUGAGCAGCGCGUGACGCUGGUGAACGUGAACGCAGAACCCUCAAAGAAGCUUUGGAGCUGAAGAACCGACUCGCAGAGGAAUUGCAACGCGAAAACAAGCGGCUUCAGGAUGAACGUGAUGAAGAGAUCGCUAAGGUGACGGAGCUGAAGGAAGACGAGCUUGCGAGGCUCCAAUCUGUCCUGAAAACGCAAUACGCCAAGCCGCGAACAGUGCAAGACAUCGUUUCGCAACAAGAAAAGCUCGAACAAGAAGCUGAGUCUUUGUCUAUGCGAGUGCAGGAACACCUGAGUAGAAGCACGGGGGCUACGCCACGAGCAGGAAGUGGGAGUGGAGCCACACCAAGUAGUGCUUUCGUAGGUUUCAGUGGGACAAAAGUCGUGAUGAACCAAGAAAAUAGAAAUAGUAGUUCGUCAGGAAGUGGUGCGAAUUCAGGGAGGGUUACGCCUAGGACGCAGCAGGAAUGAAGAGGGUGUAGAUGGAAAGUUUAUGAACGUUGAAGAAGUCGCUUUUUAUAAUUAACUACGCAUGGCCCAGGCAGAAGAUGAAUACUUGCGGGGGUAUUGUAUGUUGGGAGGCUUUCUUCAUGUUAUUAUUUGCCGGCCACGUUAUUUUUGAUCAAUAAAGCAGAUGGAGUAGUAUUUUUUCGUUUCACCAAGUCCAAAUAUUAAUCGAGAAUAUAUAAACAAAAACAGGAGAAGACGAAAUCCAUGUCCAAGUCUUUGAUUUUUGCUAGACUGUUAGAAGCACUCUUCGACCUACAAGUAGUUUCCAGAACACUUCAAGUCAGUUUUUGCUACCACGCUAACUUAUCUCAAUACAAGAACAGACGCAUAGAUGUUUCAUCGUAUUUAUUGAUGGAAAAAGUAAUAACGAUAUCCGAUGUCGUCCGAGUCAAAAUGACUCGCACUGACCGGGAUAAUGAGUAUCUAUUAUGGGCAACUGGAACUGUAAUAGAUUUAUUUCUGCGAGGUGGCUUUUAAUGCUCCUCGUCCAGGAAAAACGGGCCAUAAGAGCGCCCGGUGGUAG